UUGAUAAAGAACGAAGUGCUGGUUUCGCCUUACGGAAACCAAUACGAGGUGUUGGAGUUUCUUGGAAAAGGAACUUUUGGACAGGUGGUAAAAGCAUGGAAAAAGGGUACAAGUGAGAUCGUCGCCAUCAAAAUCCUCAAAAAACAUCCAAGUUACGCAAGGCAGGGACAGAUUGAAGUUUCAAUUCUGUCGCGGCUCAGCAACGAAAAUGCUGAGGAGUUCAAUUUUGUGCGCGCAUUCGAGUGCUUUCAGCACAAACAUCACACCUGUCUCGUUUUCGAAAUGCUUGAGCAGAAUCUCUACGAUUUUCUAAAACAAAAUAAGUUUACUCCGUUACCUCUCAACAGCAUUCGUCCAAUUGUCCAACAAGUUCUCACAGCACUCUUAAAACUUAAAUCACUUGGUUUAAUUCAUGCUGACCUCAAACCUGAGAACAUCAUGUUGGUUGAUCCCACUAAUCAACCUUUUCGAGUGAAGGUAAUCGAUUUCGGUUCAGCUAGUCAUCGUAGUAAAGCGGUAACAAACACGUACUUGCAGAGUAGGUACUACAGGGCUCCUGAGAUCAUUCUUGGCCUUCCGUUUCGCGAAGCUAUAGAUAUGUGGUCUUUGGGGUGUGUGAUUGCUGAGUUGUUCCUUGGAUGGCCACUGUAUCCCGGAAGCAGCGAGUAUGACCAGAUCAGGUUUAUUGUGCAAACACAGGGACUUCCUCCCACAGAAAUGCUUGAGAAGGCGGCGAAAUUGCACCGUUUCUUCAAAGAAAUGAAGGCGGAUAUGUCUGGUCCAGUUCAACCGACAUAUUAUCGGAUGAAAACGAUUGAGGAGUACGAAGCUUCUGGUGUUCAUGUUAAAUCUAAGGAAACUCGUAAAUACAUAUUUACUUUCUUGGAUGAUAUUAGUCGGGUGUGUUACGGUUUCGAAUCGGAUCCUAUCGAGCAGAUCUGUGACCGACUCGAUCGGCAGGAGUUCGUAGAUAUCCUCAAAAAGAUGCUGGUGCUAAAUCAGGAUUUCCGGCUAACGCCGCUUGAGGGUCUCGAACAUAAAUUCGUUACUAUGAGCCAUCUUCAUGCGUAUGUAAAUACCAAUUAUUUCCGCACAGGAAUGAAGCGAAUGGAGGUGUGUGUACGUCGACCAACCGCUGUAGUGAAUUCUUCAUCGCAAAUUUUUCGUGGAGCUGAUCCAUCUACCCCUAUAGCGCAGAGUAUGUUGAACGACGAAUGUGGGAGAAAACAUUAUUGUUUCCUACCGGGAAAAAAUCAUCUGUUUUCAUCGCCGAAUAACAAUCGCGUGACAAAGCGUUUCAAUAGUGCAUCGUUAUUUAGAAUCAGCGUCAUAGACGCCGACUUGGAAAUUUUAUUACAGAAGCACAUGACGGCUCUACAGUAA